UAUGAAUAUUUAACCAGAAGUAUUUAUUUCAGUAAUGGCAUUGUUAAUAUAGUUGAUAGACUAAUAUAUACUAAUCACCUAGAGAAACCUAUUAUCUUAGAGACAUAUUGUGUGGGAGUCCUAUGGAUACAACCAUUGUUGUCAAUGUACAACAUUUUUAUCACAUAUACCUGUUUUGGGGGAACCUGAAAACCGUCUAUUUGAGUAAUUAAUUGCUGAGAAGUGUACCGAUGUCAUGUUUCGCUGCACAUUUUCUGGAUUUUGCUCUCUAUCAUGGCAGCAAAACCCGCCCAGGACAUAACACGGAAGCGGGGCUCCAUUUGUAUCUCUUUGCUCCGAACCACACGUCGCCUGGAUUUUUGCUGACUACUCGACAGAGACCUUAACAUCAUUAGUCUUCGGAGGAUAAAGACAGCUGAUGAUUGUUAGAACUAACAGUUAUUGAGAACGUGACACAGAGAGAAAGGAUAAACUCAGUGAACUUCGACGCUUCUAAAGCUAGCUUAGCUUGCUAGCUGCUAACAAAGAGACCCGGAAGUUAUCAAACCAUUACGAAGCAAAAAUCAAGCGUGAGUGUAAAUUGUUGUGAUUGUGUGAACGUGUGUUUUAGUACAAAUACCGACAGCGUUGAUUAAUCGGCAUUAACUGCGGCUGUUCAAGAAAAAAUGCAGUGUAUUAUGAAAGAACGCUAGCAGAGUACGAGAAGGAACUUUGUCGAACAAGAGGACGAGUGACAACGUCAACUACUGGACGCUUUCUUCAAGAAGCCCCGAGUUAGGUUAAACAGAGGAGACGUCAGGAGCAGCACGACUUGAACGCUAGGAUGGCGCAGCCCUCCAACAUUAAAGAGGAAGAGGAGGAACCACGGCUUCCAUGCAUUAAAAAGGAAGAGUGGGAUCCACAGACCCCCGACUUUAAAGAGGAACAGAUGGGACCACAGCCCAUCCAUAUUAAAGAGGAAAAGGAAGAGCCACAGCCCACCCACAUUAACAUUAAAGAGGAAGAGGAGGAUCACCGCAUCAGUCAGGAGGGAGAGCAUCUUGAAGGACUGGAGGAGUUCCCAGUGAUUGUUGUUCCUGUGAAGAGUGAAGAUGAUGAAGACCAAGGUCCAAGUGAGGAGGAGAGAGAGGUGGAGCCUCCAAGCAGCAGCUCCACUCGUCACAUGACAACAGAAGACAACCUCUUAGCUCCACUAUCAGAUAGCGAUGACAUAACGUCACACUCUCCUGACACUGAUGAUGAAGACUCCGAAGAUGACAUGACAUGUCACACUGACAGCACACGCUGGAAAUGCUCUCAAUGUGACAAAACCUUUGGUAACAAGAGAAGUAUGAAACUACACACAAGAAUACACACUGGAGAGAAACCUUUUCUUUGCACAGUGUGUGGUAAAAGAUUCUCUCAAAAAGGUUAUUUUAAGAAACACACAAGGAUACACACUGGAGAGAAACCUUUUCAUUGCACUGUGUGUGAUAAAAGAUUCUCUCAAAAAGAUUACUUUAAAAAACACAGCAAAAUACACACUGGAGAGAAACCCUUUGCAUGCACAGUGUGCUGUAAAAGAUUCUCUCAGCCGUCACAUUUGAAAGAACACACAAGAGUUCACACUGGAGAGAAAGCUUUUCCUUGUGUGACGUGUGGCAAAAGAUUCUCUCGGGAGUCUAAUUUGAAAGAACACACAAAAAUGCACACUGGUGAUAAACCUUUUCCUUGCACGGUGUGCGGUAGAAGAUUCUCUCAAAAAAGUGUUUUAAAACAACACACAAGGACACACACCGGAGAGAAGCCUUUUUCUUGCAUAGUCUGCGGUAAAAGUUUCUCUCAGAAGAUAUCUUUGAUAGAACACACAAAAACACACACAAGAGAGAAACCUUUUCUCUGCACGGUGUGUGGUAAAAGAUUCUCUCGGCGGACACAUUUGACAGAACACACAAGAAUACACACUGGAGAGAAACCAUUUUCUUGCACGUUGUGUGAUAAAAGAUUCUCUGAAAAAUGUGUUCUAAAAAAACACAUCAGGACACACACUGGAGAGAAACCCUUUCCUUGCACUGUGUGUGGUAAAAGCUUCUCUCAGAAGGACUAUUUGGUCGAACACACAAGAAUACACACUAGAGAGAAACCGUUUCCAUGCACGGUGUGCGCUAAAAGAUUCACUCGGCGGUCGCAUUUGAUACAACAUACGAGAAUACACACCGGAGAGAAACCUUUUCCCUGCACAGUUUGUGGUAAAAGAUUCACUCAGAAGGCACAUUGGAAUGUACACACAAGAACACACACUUGUGACAACAAUGUUCAAUGCGAGGUCAGUGAUUCACAAAUAGUACAAACUUGACUGCACACAUAAGAAUCCACUCUGGGGAGAAAUAUGAAAGUUAUUUAAGUAACACUUAAUAAAGUUGUGUGUAGAAACAACCAACGUUGCUAACUGACAUGAAUGUAACAUUGUAUGCAUGUCUGAAAUAAAUGGUGUGUUUCGGUCCUACUUUGUGACUCAGCGGUUUGGCACUGGAUUUUGGAAGAAUGAACAAAUAUUGGUCCAUCCAUUCACUUUAAAAUCAACCCUUCUUACUUUGCAAGCAAGCCAUGGUUCUCUCAUUCACAUCUCGGGAAGUAAACAGAAUUUCAUUGGCUCAU